CCCACCCGCCGGCCCCGCACAUCGCGCCGCCGCCCCCAGCACGUCCCAGCCGGCCGCCCCUCCAAUCUCUCUCUGCUCCUGGAUGGCCGCCCAAUGACGCAGCCCUGCAAACCGAAAUCACCGAUCUGAGUCGGGCGGAUCGAAGGGCCGCCACUCGGUGCUAUCUCCGCCCACGGCCGUCACCGUUCCAUGCUCCGAUGACUUCUCCCCCGAAGGUCACAUCGAGCAGGUACUCGCUUCUGCUUAAACCCUCUUCUCUGCUUGGUCUUCUGCUAGCGCUGGUGCUGGUUCGCUCUGUUCUAGGUGCUAUGCUUCAAUCCAUGGAUGAAGAUUCUAGGCGAUCCUGGCCGAUGCUAUUUACUAGCCGAUUCAAUCCAUGGAGUUCCUUGCCCAUCCAUUUAAUCCAUGGCCGAUCCAAUUGAUGGUGAGUUCUGGCUGAUCCAUGGAUUAAAAAAAUUCAUGCCCAAUCAGUCCAUUCAAAUAGUGUUUAGGGUUCAAUUUUCUGGUCAAUCCAAUUGAGGGUGUGAAUAAUCCAGCUGGUCCUUACAUGUCAAUCCAGGCCAUGAUGUUCAGCUUACAUACAUGUUGAUCCAGUUGCAUUGUUGGACUGAACCAAGUAUUUGUUCGUCAUGCCACUUUAAACCAAGCCAUGUGUGGAUUGAAACUCAUUGAACUUGAUGUGUAAAUCUAUUUUUUUCUGCCUCCUGCAUCCAUUUGUGCAGUUCUCGUGGUGGUGGCUGCAGCGUAUUGAGCAUAUAAAUUAUUUUCCAUUGGCAAAAAGAAAAACAUGUUUGCUUUAUAUGAAUUAUGUUUAUCUGGACUGGUGGUGAGAUGUUUUGGCCUUGGAAACUAAGUGUGUAUAUAUUCAAUUGCUGUUUUUUCUGGAGCUACGUCUAUGGGAGAAAAACACUUGAUUGCAUAUGUGGUGGCAAAAUAGAGCUUUGAUUUUUAUGAUGCAUUCUGUUCUUCCUUUAUUUAAUUCAUGAUUAUAUAUAUAAUGCAUUCUGCUCUCUAUCUAUCUUUUUACAUAUAUACACAGUCACUUCCAUGAUUUGUUUGCCAAGUUCGGCUAGGCGCCGAUUAAUCGGCGAUUAGGCGCGAUUACUCGCUAGGCGAAGCCCGUCGCGUCGUUUUGGCCCUAGGCGAGCGUCUAGGCAUCCGGCGGCGACGAGGCGGUGCGGAGGCGGCGCGGAAGCGGGCGAAUCGCGCGACUAGGCGGAUGCGCCAAGGGAGGCUCGAAAAAAUCGCCUCGCGGGCGAGCGCUCGAAGAUUUCCCGCUCGGCGCGCGGCCGCGCGCGCAUUUGCUCAGCUCGCCAAGGAUUCCCCUGUCCCGCCUGCCAUUUGCUCGGCCUGCCGGUCGAGCUCCUCCCUGCUGCUCGUCCCCGCCGGUCAGGCGACGCUGCUGCUCUUCCCCACCGGUGGAGGUCGUCGCCACUGCUCGCCCCCGCCGGUCGAGCUCGUCGGUUGUCGCCGCUGCUCGUCCUCGACUCGCGCGGCACCUGGAAUCCAGACGGGCGACGGCGCACGCUGCUCCUCCUUGCCAGCCACGGGCCAUCCAAGGAUGUCGAUGUCAGAAGCCGCAACUGCACAUGAAACUGAAACAGAGGGAGUGAAUCUCCUGAAAAGGAAUUCAGAUGAUGUUGGAUGGGAAUAUGGUGUUCUUGUUGAUGCUAACAACAAAGAGAAGGUGAAGUGCAAGUUCUGUGACAAAGAGAUGAGGGGAGGGAUUUAUAGGUUGAAGGAGCAUCUGGCCCAUGUUGGAAAGAAUGUGAAGAAAUGCACUGCUAGAACACCCCAAGCUUUGGAAGCUAAAGAGAAGUGCAAGAAAGCACUAGAAGAUGCAACGAGGAAGAGGGAGGAGAAGACUGUUCGUGAGCUAGAACUUAGAGAGGAAGUUAAUGUAUCUAGAGUUGGAGAGUCAGAUGAAGUCACUUGUGUUGGAAGUUCACAGCCUCAUAAAUUAGGACCAAUUGACAAAUGGACACGUGCUAUUGAUCCUAAAGCUACCAAUGCUGAUUCUUUGAAGCAACAACAGCUGAACAAAGAACUGUGGAAAGAAAGAGUUCAUGAGGUGCAUAAGUUUAUUGCAAGAUGGGCCUAUAAUCAUGCAAUACCUUUCAAUGCAUGUGACAAUGAUGAGUUCAAGCAAAUGUGUGAAGCAAUUGGACAGUUUGGUCCAGGACUUGUACCUCCAUCUCAAGAUGCAUUGCAAGGGAGUUUGCUGGAAGAAGAAUAUGCAAGAACCAAGAGUUUGCUGCAGGAACGUGAAGCCGAGAAGAUGAAAAAUGGGUGCUCUAUUAUGACUGAUGCUUGGUCAGAUAGGAAGAGGAGAAGCAUAAUGAAUAUAUGCACUAAUUGUGCUGAUGGAACCUCCUUCAUCAGCUCAAACAUGUGAGAGGUUGUGUGAACUCAUCAAUCCUGUCCACUGAGGAUCAUAUGUCAUACAUGUGAGAGGUUGUGUGAACUCAUCAAUCCUGUCCACUGGGGAUCUCAAAACAUUAUCUAUUUCACUAAGGACAGUUGAAUUGGAUGGCAAAUGGAUUAUUAUGAAGAACUGAGAUAGUGUGGCCAAUGCGGCUGUUCCAUUAGAGCUGGUAUGCUUCUUUCAUGUGGCUGCUCUAUUGAGCUGAUAUGUUUGUUUUCUCUGAGCAAAGCUACUUUCCUUCUUACUUUAUCAUGGUCACCAUGUAUUCCAAUUGGGAUAUCUUUUCUUUAUGUCGUACUGGAAAACAAUUUGUAUUGAUGAUCUCAAUGUUAUCAACAAAGUUUUCUUGUCUUGAAAGUUGAAACAUCUUUGCAAGCAUAUAAUGCUAUUCUCGAAACCUCUCAUAUGAUUCUUUGUUUAGACUAUGUGCCAUGCCGUUUUGUUUUUCUAGUUCGAAUUAUAAUCACAGAAUCAAGCUGAUGCAGGUUCAGUGUCAAGUUUGACUAAAAUCUUCUCAAUUUUCAGUUUUACUGGUAUAUCUCUAUCACAUAUUUUGAACAUACUUGAAGUUGUGGGGAAUAAUAGAGUAGGAUUAUAUUGGAAGGCUGUAAAAGAAACAACUCUGAAGCCAUGCAUUUUCUAUAUAAUCAAUUUAUUACUAUAUAUAAUCAGUUGGAAAUUUAGACUGACAUAUAUGGGUAGAUCUAUGCACACAUGUUGGGUACAGGAGAAGAGCUAUAAGCCUGCAUGUCCAUGAUUUUUCAAUAUGCUGCUGAAGAGACCUUGAACGCGACUUAUCAACCUGAUUCAAAAGAACAGUUUUGGAGCUGCGUGAGGCUGAUGACCACAUGGUGCAAGAUAUACUCUGGAGAUCUUCAGGCACAUUGUUAGUUCCAGGCAUCAGGUAUUGCUUUUAUAUUUACCAGAUAGAUUGGUUCCUGUCAUCAUCUUUAAAAGCACCACAUAUAUAUUACUCCGAGUAGUCUUUUAGAGGAGUUUUGAUGAUGUCAUUAUCUGAGCCACAUAGACAUUUUUUCUUUGGCGUCUACAAGGUACUCCUUGGUUGUGAUGUUUAGCUUAAUUUCUAGAAGCAUUUUGGAUGGGUGCAUGCAUAGAACUUUCUGAUUCAAUUUAAUUAACCUAUAUCCCUUUCAACUGGUGUUGUAAUGUUUCCAGUACGCUAAAAUAGUAUAUAUAUUAUAGAUAGCGAGCAGGAUACAUGGUAUAGGCAAUUCAAGCUUUCCCUUUGCUAGAUUAGUUAUUUAUAUGCUUGUACUGUUGUACACAUACAUUGAAGUCAACUAACUUCUGCGUUUUAGUGGAUCUUGCAUUCCUCUCUACCUGUUUUUUAACGCUGGAUCCAAGGCAAAAAUGCUCCUAGCACAUCGCUGAAGAUUUUUCUUAAUAUUUUGUUCACUUUCCAUUAAUUCAUAUAUAUAAUUGAAUGUGAUUCGUGUACGUGCUUCCAAUCCUAUUUUUUUGAUAUAUAAAGGGUUUGAGCCAAUUCCCUCAGUGCCACAAAAAUUUGUAUAGCUUCCUUCAGUGCCACAAUUUUUUGUGAAAUCCCUUCAGUACCAUGUGAUUUAAUUAAAUGAUUCUUUCUUGUAAAAUGCUCUGCAAGUUUCAGUAGAAUCAGGCUACCAACUAUGACUGUGUGAUUAAAUUAAGUGUUGUUUCUUUCUUGUAAAAUGCCCUGCUACUGCCCAAGUGCCCAUUUUCCAGCAUCAAAGUUUUACCCUCAAAACUUAGUUAGGAAACCUUCUCUGUUAUAUUGGGUAAUUCCAAGAACCGAGCAUACUCACUUUGUAUAGUCCCAGGAGGCCACCCACGUAGCCUUAACCUGGGUGCUUGCAAAACGUGUGUACCUCUCUGAGAACUGCUUUCAGCGAGUUUCUUGGUCAGCCAUGGUUCGGUACUCCCCUUAUUGAGACAGAGCGAGGGAGAUCUCAUCUCGCCAUUGUCAAAUUUUGUAAUGACUUCACAGUUAAUGCAUGCUUCAUAGUUUACUGGCACGUAUCUUGUCCACCCAUGUUUUCUAUUCAGUUCCUUUUCCCCUAAUGGGUUGCUACUUUCAUGGGUUCAUGUGGGUUACAUUGGUAGAUUUACUUGCUUAUGGAUUUUGAGGAUGAAAGAAUUUUCUGCUCCUAUCUUCCUGAACACUGAGUUCAUGUGCUGCGAAGGAUCAGCCAACACAUGGGUCUGACUGUCUGAGUACUUGUGGUUUAGGGGAGGGACACCAUGUUAUACAGUCGUCCGACUAAUCGCGAUUAGUCGACCUUAUCGCUCCGCUGGCUUCGAUAAGUGAAACGACUAGCUUUUGUCGAUCAGAUGUCUGAUCGUCCGACUAAUCGUCGCCUAAUCGCGAUUAGUCGUCCGACUAGCUACUUGGACGAUCAGGCCAAAACCAAAAGAUGUCCAGCAGACCAGAACUCCAGCCCGCCGCCUGUACUGGGCUCAAUUAGGCCCAUUAGCCAUUAGGGUUAGGUUAACUAUAUAACUUGCACCAUUAGCCAUUAGCCAUUAGCCAUUAGGGUUAGGUUAACUAUAUAACUUGCACCAUUAGCCAUUAGCCAUUAGCCAUUAGGGUUAGGUUAACUAUAUAACUUGCACCAUUAGCCAUUAGCCAUUAGCCAUUAGCCUGUACUGUGUGGGACAAGAAUAUGGAGUUCUGGACAGUUCAAACAUCAAAUCUCACAAGUGUCACCAAACUGACUAUCAUUGUGGUGUUCCUGCUUGCUAUAUAGUAUAUAAGUACAUAUACAUGUACAUAUAUGUCAUGGGAUAUAUAGGACGACUAUAGCGACGACUAGGACCGACUAGGGUCGACUAAUCGACCUGAUCGACGACUAGUCGCGACUAGUCGCCUUAUCGGUGCCAUGGCGACUAGGUUUGAUUAGACGACUGUAUAGCAUUGGGAGGGAGGCGAUUCAGAAGGUCCAUGCAGCUACACAGAGGUAAGAUUGGACUCAAUUUUUUUCUUGUGACAUCUACUCGUGGUCUAUUUUUGCUGAGGUUCAAUGGUGGCCGCAAACCUUAUUUUUAUUGCACAUCGUAAGAUUGGACUCAAUUUUUUUCUUGUGACAUGUUCUAAUCCUCUUUUCUCCCUUGCAAAUGUGUGUAUGUUUCCAGCCGAUCCAAUCGAUGAUGUGCGUGCAUUCAAAAGUUUAUGGUUCAAACAAUAUAUUGCUGACCAGUACUCCUGGGAGGACCUAAUCGAUAGUGGUCUUUGAACAAGUUGAUUUUUUAAAAGAUCUAGAAAUUGAUAGAUAUACUUUGAAACCUAAGGUAGAUAUGAAUAGUAACAAAAGAUGCCUUCUGCAUUGUAGAACUUACUAAUGAUAGCAAUCAACCUUUUAUUUUAGAAUGGUUAUGUUAUAGGAAGAUUCUGCAGAGCAAAAUUUUGUUAUGAAAUCUAAGAGAAAUAAAGAAAAGCAGAAAAUAGCUGAUAGAUUUAGAUGUUGGUUCUAAACAUUAGGAAUAAGGGAUCAUCAUUAACUUUGCCAUAUCGUUUUCUUGCUUGACUGUCGUAGCCUGUCACACGAGUGCUUUCCUUAUCUGUGAAUUAUUGCAAAUCUUUUGAAACAAAUAUUGAUUCCAGUGCUUUAUGUACUUGGUGAUCUAAUUUUGAAGUUAAGUGAUAGGUGUAUAUGAUGCAUGUCCUCAUAGAGGAACUAUAUGUUGCAGGUUUGGCAGCCAAAGCAAUUUGUGUCAGUUUUACAAGAAGAAAACUGGUUGUUGGUUCACUAUCUUCCUGAUACAUUACUGUCAGGUUUUGUGUAGUAAAAGUUUGAUUGUAGAUUAGUACAACUACUGUUACAGAAGGUUGCCACCAUCUAAAGAUCAUGGUUAUUAUGCCACCCAUAUGGAGUGGGGGUGGAGAUGCUUAGCUCUAGACUACAUUGGCUGCUUGCUGUUGGUGAUGGCAGCCUUGAUCAAUGAAAGCAGCAUGUGGACCUUCAAGGGAAUAAUUGAAAGGAAGUGCACAAGAGCAGAAGUUGUAGAGUGCUUCAUCAUUCAAACGGCAUCCAAGAAAUGAACUUGAAGGCUGGCCAAAUUAGUUAAGCAGGACAUAAGCAUAAUGACUCUAGAGUGCUGAUGGCAAAUGACAUGAUAUUAAGAGGUUCGAGAGAAUGGCAAGAUGAUCUAGAAAAGGAGGAACUAUAUUGGGGCAUUUGUGUUCUUACCCUUACUUUGAAGUGUAAUUGUGAUUUUGCCAUUAUUUUUCUAACUUUGUGAUUUUGCCCUUUACUAUUCACAAAUCAGUGCGAUUUUACCCCUAGUCAAUGGUCAAAACAGGGGCAAAUACAUAAAGAUUAAGGGCAAAAUCACAACAACUUGUGAAAAAUGAAGGACAAAAUCAAAAAGUUAAAAAAAUGAGGGCAAAAUCACAAUUGCACUUCAAAGCAGGGGUAGGAACACCAAAAAACCUAUAUAUUUAUAUGUAUUUAUUUGGUUCAGAAACUAAUUUGAAAGAGGUAUGUAUGGUUGGCCACUGCUGAUUUUGAGGAGGGAUAUGCGAUCUUUCAUGGAUUGAAAUUGGUCCUGACGUUUCACUGAUGGGAACA